AUGCAGUUUCGACAACUGACCUGCGCAUCUGUCCUCCUGGCCUGCGCCAUCGCCGUCUUCGCAGCCCCCGCCCCGGUGCGCAUGAUCGAGCGAGACGUCGAGCAAGACGUCGAAGUCCGCAACUGGGAUCCGUCGAAUGCACACGAUGUGGCGGACAUUUAUCGCGCUGCUGUCCUUCAAGCGAGGAGUCCGCAGAAAUCAAGAGCGAGGCCAGCAGCGAGGCCAGGGGCUGCUCCCAGGCCUAAUGCUGCACCUGCCCCGCGGCCUAUUGCACCAGCUCCAAGACCCAACACGCCCCCCGCACAGAGACCAAAUACGCCCCCCGCACAGAGACCCAACACGCCACCUGCGCAGAGACCCAACACUCCCGCUCCUCCUGCUCAGAGGCCGAACACCCCUCCUGCUGCUCCGAGACCCAACGCCCCUGCCCCGAAGCCAAAUACCCCUGCCCCGAAACCCACCACAACUGCUGGCGCACAACCUACCCAGAAGCCUGCAGCAGGCCAGUGUGGCCCCAGGUCAAAUGGGAAGAGCAAGCGCGCCUUCUCGACCACUUGUGACACGAAUUCGCUGACACUUGGCGGUGUCACACGGCCAAUCACCAAGGUCGCAGACCAAGGCAAUUCGGCUAUAACAUACAGGGUCGACGGUGGUUGGCCUGAUCCAUCCACUGGAUCAUUGGUGACGGCCUAUGCAAAGACUGGUCCAAGACCCAGCUCAACGUUCACAGACGAGGCCAAGUGGUUGCGGAAGACGGAUCAGCUGCUAGCUGAGGGCAGCUACGACGGAAACAACUUCAUCGUGUUCCGUGGAGUCACGGGCAAGACAGAUCUUACGGGGACGAGGUUCUUCGCGACACAGUUGGCGCCGGUCAUGAUGGGGCAGGCCAACCGUGCGAGAUGUGAAGCAUUGAUCAGGGAGAAACUCGUAUUGGUCGUCCGACAAGUCAGGGCCUAUGUGGACAACUACGGGAUCCUGCAUACUGAUGUCCAGCCGGGAAACAUCUUGUGGGAUUCUGCUGCCAACAGCCCUACGCUGAUUGACUGGGGAAGAGCGAAGGACGUCGGUGUCAACAACUGGUCUGCGGAGCUAGAGGCCAGUGUCAUGGCCCAAGCUGAGUUCUCGCACUUGAGGGGAGGGGAGAAGCUUUGUGUACAAGCGCCCAGCGACAGCGGCGCGCUCAACGUUUGGACGCCAACAUCAACCUCGGUGCUCGCGUCGGUCGUCCUUCUGACCAGUGCUAUGGGCGAUGUCCAAAACUUUGGGCUCUUCAAGGACUGUUUGGCGAGGCGGAUCCUGUCUCGCCAGGACUACACCCCAGCUGAUAGCACGGAAUCCGAUCUCGACGACUUUGUGACUUUUCUCGCCACCGAGAGCUGGUCCGCACUCCCUCAGUCUAUCAGGGAGGUCACAUACGAUACGAAGGAUUCCAUGCCUGAGAUUGAUACCUUGCCGCUGGAUUCAACGCCUGCGUCAUUCUCAGACACCCUCACAGCUUACGGACUUUCUGAAGACACGGAGUCUGCGCUUGAUUUCUUGAAGCGGAUCAUCGAAGUCUAUGUUUCUGACGCAUCUGCACCUCCACCCGUCUGGUCGUCGACGCGCACGACGGAAUGCGAGAUUUGUGAACGGCAGGUCCCUUUGACGUACCAUCAUCUCAUACCUCGCGCGACACACGCAAAGGUAUUGAAGAGGAAAUGGCACCCCGAAUCCAUGUUGAACUCGGUUGCUUGGAUAUGCCGACCUUGCCAUAAUGUUGUUCACUCAGUUGCACGAGGGGAAGACCUUGCGCAAAACUACUACACCGUCGAACUCUUAUUAGAACGCGAGGACAUACAAAAAUGGAGGCGAUAUGCGGCUAAGCAGAGAUAUGGUGUUCGCCGAGGAUGA